AUGCCAGCCGAAACAGCAUGCCCAAUACCUGGGGUCGACCAGGCACUCUCGUCGUACAUCAACUCCCGCGACGACACGCUGAAGAUCAGACGCACAAUCUCGCGAUACCUUACUGCCAGUCUUAGGCCAGUGAAACAUGCGACCCAGAAUCAGCACGUGAACCACGCAUGCCCUCAAAGCAUUUCAGCUACCAAUACAAACCCACCCGGUCUGAAAGAUUCACGCAUAGCCUUCCUUCGCGUCCUGCGAGCGAAUAGUCAAGCCGAAGCACGGCAUCGUGAGCUUCAAGCAUCGCUGGAAGAUCUCCAGACCCGCCACGUUGACGAGAACCCUACACUUCCACUGACAAGGCACAACAAUGAGUCUACAUAUGACUACAUCAACUUGCUCCGACAGCGUCGAAAGCUAGCAGAGCUCAACAUAGUACAAGAGUCUCUGGAAAAGCUGCUAAAUGCAAAGCCGUUCAUUCACUCCCACGACCCAAGAGAUCAUGUCCAAGAAGCAAUUGGAGAGCAGCCAGACCUUCCAGCGGAGAGACUGGUUCAGAUCGCACAGCCUCAGGACGAUCAGAGCUCGACAUUCAAACUGAAGCAAGAAGUGCUUGAAGCAAGGGCCCGCAUGGAUCGAGCAGAGAUCACCCGGAAGCAAGCCCACAGUGUAGAUCGAGAUCAAUCUGGACUUCAUAGGCAGGUACACGCCCUGGAAAGAGCGCGAGAAGAGAUCAUCGAGUGGAUACAAGGCGAAUUAGCCAAAAUGGAGGAGGACUCGGUAUUCCUUGAGGAUGCAUCUCCUAUCAAAAGUUCAGCCCAAGAACACACUUCUCUCGACCUUUCAUCAGCUGAAGCUCGCAUUCGCGCUUCUUAUGAUCAAUACACCUUGGCUCGAGUACAGCUGAUCGAGUCUUACUACAGCCUAAACGAGCCACAACCCGAGAACGGCAAGAUCAAAUCUGAUGAUAUGACAAAAGAAUUGCCUAAAGUUUACAAGGGUACAGAACUCGUAACGCCUAUCACAAAGUUGUUACCUCAUCUACCUUUCCUCGCUCGCUUUGCACAGAACGAACGCUCGUUACUCCAACAGGCCGUGUUUCUUCAAAGCCAGCUUGCUGUUUCAGACCAAGAACUAUCAGAAGCGCUGCUGCGAUUGUCAGGCGAGAGUCAUCUGCUCCCAGCUGGGGCAAAGGAUGCCAGCGCCUGGGGCAAGGUCGCGACAGAGGCAGAAAUCGCAACAGACAAGUCUGUGAAAGAAUACUUGCAAACUGGUCGCCAGGAGAUUGGCAGCAUCAGCACUAUUGUGGAUCUCUGCUCACUUCAAAGCAAAGUGCUUGCUGCCGUAUAG